AUGGAUACAAAUCUUGUGACUUUUCUUGUGGAAUACUAUGAGUCACUUCAUAGCAAUGCAAAGGAAAUUGGAAACGCAUAUAUAGACGGUGCUCGUCUCAUUAUUUUCCAGGGAAUUGAACAACCAAAAUCAUACGUUUCUGAUUAUUCUCGAUACAUUCCAUCUGGAAAGCGAAAGAUUCUCAAAUAUUCUGGAAAUACUAUUGGUUCAAGACUCUUUGUCCAUGUCCAAAGUGAAAUUGAACAAACAUCGAAAAAACUUAUUCUGGAUGAAGCUUUCUCCUGCGUUAUAAGCGAAGUAUCAAUAAUGAUUUCAUAUCAUACCAUUCAUAUUAACCCAUUACUAGAGCCAAUUGCCGUUCUUCCACCACCAAAGCCAAAAAUUAUCACAGUUGUCAAACCAAAGCCUGUUGAAGUCAAGCCUGCUGUUGAAGUUGAACAUCCAGAUCUUCUUAAUACAAGAAAUAGCGCUAUUGUUAGCAAUCUUCCUUAUAAUACUCCGCCAUCAGAAUUUGUGGCCGUACUAGAGAAAUUUGGACAUAUUGUGAGGUACUGUCAAACAAAAGGAAAACUGAUUGCAGAAUUUGAGAACAUUAAAUUUAUGCACAAAGCUGUUGAAUCCACAUUCAAAGAAUGGAACGGGAGAAUGCCUAAAGUUUUUAGAUGUCCACGUGAAUUUGCUUGGCCAUAA